AUGGAGAGAAACCGCGACAUUCUCGCGAUCGCUGGCGGACUGGAGAAGAAGCCACGUGGCUUGGUAGCCGCCACCACAGCCAUAGCGGGAGGCCUCUUCCCCGUGGUCAGCCUCAUGGUUGGCACCGUGACGGUGCGCCUGGUCCCCGACGAUGGGGGGGCAGUUGCCUUGGAGGCGGGAAACGAGACCCUGGGAAACGCCACCGUGGCCACGCCGAGCGACGUUGACGCGCGGCGAGUGGCAGUGGCUGCCAGCGUCACCUGCCUGGUGGGGAUCAUACAGCUGUGUCUGGGCGCGCUGCGUGUCGGCUUCGUCUCCAUCUUCCUGUCGUCGCCGCUCGUCAGUGGCUUCAUGACGGCGGCCGCGUUCCACGUCCUCGUGUCUCAGCUCAAGUAUCUCUUCGGCCUCUCUGUGCCCUCGUACAGCGGCCCCUUCGCCUCAAUCUACGCUAUCAUCGAGGUGUUCUCCCGACUGCCUCAGAGCAACGUGGCCGACGUCGUGACCUCGAUCAUCUGCAUCGUCGUCGCUGUCCUCGCAAAGGAGAUUAACCAGCGCUUCGCGCGCCGCCUGCCCGUGCCCAUCCCGGUCGAGCUGCUCGUGACCGUGGUGGCGACCGCAGUGUCGUACGGAGCCGACUUGGAGGGGCGAUUUGGGGUGGAUGUGGUGCGCGACAUCCCAAAGGGGCUGGCUCCUCCGGUUAUACCGGACGUGAGCCUCUUCCCCGAGAUCAUCGGGGAUGCGUUUGCCAUAGCGAUCGUGGCCUUCGUGGUGCCCCUGUCACUCAGCAAGAUCUUCGCACAGAAGCACGGAUACGCUAUCGACAGCAACCAGGAGUUGCUUGCGUUCGGGGUGAGCAACAUCUUCGGGUCGUUCUUCCAGACGGUCGUGGUGAGCACGUCGCUCUCCCGCUCGCUCAUACAAGAGAGCACCGGCGGCAAGACGCAGGUGGCUGCUCUGCUGUCGUCCAUCAUCGUGCUCAUCGUCAUCCUGGCGCUGGGCUUCCUCCUGGAGCCACUGCAGACGGCGGUGCUGGCCUCCCUCGUGGUGGUGAACCUCAAGGGGAUGUUCACCCAGGUGAAGGAGGUGCCUCGCCUGUGGCGGACGGACCGCAUCGACUGCCUGCUGUGGGUGGUGAGCUGCGUGAUGAGCAUCCUGCUCGGCCUCGACCUGGGCCUGGCCGUGGCGCUCGCCUUCGAGAUCCUCACCACCGUCGCUCACUCCCUCUUCCCAGCGUGCGUCCCUCUGGGCAACAUUCCCGACACGGAGAUCUACAAACGCGUCGGUGUCUUCAAGCAGGCGGCGGAAACCCCCGGGGUGAAAGUUGUCCGCUGCCCAGCGCCGCUCUACUUCGGGAACAUCGAAUACUUCAGAGAGAAGCUCAUGGCGAUCCUGCAGUUCGACCCGGCGAGGGUCGCGAGGAAGAGGGACAAGGCGCUGAAGAAGCUGAAGAAGCGGCUGAGCCGAGAGGCUGCCCUGCCAAUCAACGCCGGCGCUCAGAACGAGGCCUUCAGCGCCAGCGACCAAUCGGAGACGUCCGACGAGAGUGGCGACGACACGGCCGUGGGUGCCGGCGUCGAGGAGGUGAAGGCCACGAGGGGGGCGCGCGGUGCCCACGAGGUCGUCGCCACCGUGGAAACCAAAUGGGCCCCGCCGACGAAGCGGGAGCUCGCGGGGGGAACCCUGGGGCCCGACGGGGAGGGGGGCGGCGCGGGGCCUUGGCGCCAGGCCUGGCUCGCGGUGGAGCUGGAGGGCGUGCCGAGGGUGACGGUCGACACCGUCAUUCUGGAUUUCUCCUCCGUCACGUACCUGGACACCGUGGCAGUCAACACCCUCACCACGAUGACCGGAGACUAUCAGAACGUGGGCGUAAGCUUCCUCUUCGCUGGCUGUGAUGACGCGGUGCUGGCGCGCCUCGAGAGGGCCGGCUUCUUCGCGGGUGCCGUGGCGCGGAGCAGCUUCUUCCCGACGACGCGUGAUGCGGCGCUAUGGCACGCGGCGCACGCCGCCCCUCCUGUCUCACUCGCUCCACGCGCCUCUCCCCGUGCCUCUGUGAGUCCCCUCUGCGAGUUCGGUCUCACGGCCGCCACGUUCAGCGGCAGUGUUUCCACAGUUACGAGCCGCCCCAAACGCCAACGUGGUUGUUUCAAAAAGGGCUCCCUGGCACGAGGCUCCGCAAGCUCCUCCCCCUCUGGCCUCCCACCUACGUUCCUGCGGUCCCCAAUCGACGUGUAG